AUGACUGAUUGUGAUAGAGAAGAUUUUAUUGUUGAGCGGGGAUCAUCUGAAGAUCUUGGCAAUCAAACAGAGGAUUCAGGAAUCUCAGAUAACGAGCUCAAAUCUUCGAGCAUUUCCGAUUGUGAUGAUCAAUUAGAAUCUAGCAGCAUUGCGAAAGAAGACAGUCAAACUGUCUUCGACAUAGACUGCUCAUCAUCUAAGUUACCAGAAUCAUCUAAUGUCGAGAGCUCAGAAGCUGAUCUGACUGAAGAAGAGACAUCCAUAGAGUCCAAUUCUGCAGAAACCCAUGGAAACAUGGAAACUAUGGAGAAGGAAUCCAUAGAAAUCAAUUCCACAGUCGAAUCAGAUGAUGAAAUUGUAGAAGAAAUUAUUGUGGAAACCUUCUCUGCAGAUUCUCUUGAGAACAUGAUCUCUAAAGAAAAGGAGGAUGUGAAAGUCACUUCCACAGACAGUUCAGCUAUCGAUCCCAAAAGUAACCUUAACAAAACAGAGUCAACUGAAUCUGUUCCCCCUAAAAGAAAGUGGUCACGUAGAAAUAGAAAGCCAAAAAGGAAGAAUGCCAAUACGGAAAUCUCAAAUCUUAAGCAAACUGAACCAAAGCUCAAGGGUAAGGUUGUGGACACUUACUCUUGUGCUGACAGCUAUAAGGCGGGUUCCUCCAAGAACAAGCACACUCCAAAGCACUCAGUGUCAAAUGAAUGGAAAAGACAUGAUCAGUUCUCGAGAAUAACGAACGACUAUGGAGGGCUAUCUUUAGACUCUGGUUUAUCGAUAGUGGUUGUUCUAGACACAUGA